ACCCCCUGUGCGCAGGCGCAGAACGCUUCGCCUGACAGUGGUAAACAGACGUCAGAAGGGAGUCUUCGCCUCGAGUCAAAACAAAACAAAACAACUCAAAAAGAGACUGAAGGAGUGAAUAUUUGGACAGCCACGACGACAGGAAGUUUUAAAAAACUCAUCGCGGAUUAAAAUCGGCCACUUGGUGGAAGUUAUCGGGAGCUUUUCACGGAUUGUAAACUCUGGAGUACAGCAGGAGCUUAAGCAGCUAGCGUUACGGAGGCUAUCGUGCUGUUUUCAAAGUGCGGCGGGUUGGAUUCGACACACCGCCGAGGACACACAACUUCACCCAACACCCAGGAAUCCGCUUUCUAGUUUGUUCUCCGGGACUUGGUGGCGGAUCGACCGAGCUCCGGGCCUCGCUGAGAGGGUUUUAUAGCCGCUUCUUCGAGCAUCGUGUGCGGCGGCGCGGCAGCAGAAACAUGGCAGAUGGUGACAUGCGCCUGGCCGCAAUGUGGCGGAUCGUACAGACCUGAAGCACGGACUUUACUCACCAACAUUUCUCUCAUCUUUCCACUUUUAUUAACUUUAUAAACACCAUUUGUCACUGACCUAAAUCCCUUCCCUUUUCCCCCGCUCUAAAUUUUUCUGGUUUUUAGUUUUAGCGGCUUUUACUUACAGGCCGAGGAGCUGGAGGCUGCUUUUUAAACACUUUUUUUUACAGUUGCAAACAAACUGUUGUUAGGAUGAUCAGUCGUUUUUAGUUUUUACACUUAACUUUGAUUUUACCGGACUGUUUUUUUUUUGCGUUGUUUAUUUAUUUGAAGUUUGUUUGGAUGUUUUUGUUGCCUUGUGUAGAUCACAGACAUCACGUUGUUUACAAGUGGAGACGGACAGGGGCUCCUGAGAAGAUCCUUUGUAAUGCCUGUUUGUAGUCUCAUAGCUUUACAGUAAAACAUAUAAACCCUGCCUGUUUUGAAUAAGACAAUUUAAAUAUAAAAUGAUACAUUUUGUACGAAAUAUUUCUUAAUUUUGUAUUUAUUCAAAACAUAUUGUUUUUAGUUAGUUUAGCAUUGCUAAUUAUAUUUUUCACAACAUUUACCAUUUAAAAAAAUGGUUAAAUAACAGGAAUGGCAUUAUUUUGUAUCCUUAUACCUUUAACAUUUUGGUAUUCAUUUGCAGGGGAACCAAAACCUCUGUAGAACCAGAUGAUUUGGUGCUCACUCUGCCACUUUUGUUUUUAUUUCAUUCAAACAAAGGGACUCUCAUCCCGGCCCUCCUUUAUUCUAUAUAAUCGGAAGGUUUAUGAUAGUUACUAUUAAAGAGAUUAUUUGGGUUCCCUAAUCUCCAAUCUGAGGAUUAACCGAGGCUAUUGGUGUGCCCAGAUUAUUCAGUCUCCUCUCCAGGCCCCACAGUCUCUGGAGCAUAUUGUUUUUGUGUCAGGAAGUGUUUUUUUUUUUACUCAUCAUGCACUUAAAGUUUACCUUAACUGUUUAGAGUAGAUGUUUUAAGUCGUGACAUAUUUUUUUGGUUGAGUGUAAAUUCAGAGGACCACCAUGGAGGACUCUUCGGUGCCACCGAUUGACCCAGAUUUUGAGCCGCAAAGCAGGCCCCGCUCCUGCACAUGGCCCCUGCCCAGACCCGACAUCUCGGCUGUCAAACCGGAGGGGGCGGAUGGCUCCGAGUCCUCCGCCGGGACCCCGCCCGGGGAUGAGGACAAGCCCGAGCCUCAGCAAAUCACGUCCGAGCCCGAGAAGGCUUUGGAGGGGGCGGGGGCGGAGGGAGGGGCCGCGGCCGGCGGGGGAGGAGCGACGCCCCGCAAAGGGUCCUCCCGCCGCAACGCGUGGGGAAACCAGAGCUACGCAGACCUGAUCAGCCAGGCCAUCGAGAACUCACCUGAGAAGAGGCUGACCCUGGCUCAGGUCUACGAGUGGAUGGUGAAGACAGUGCCUUACUUCAGAGACAAAGGAGACAGCAACAGCUCGGCUGGCUGGAAGAAUUCAAUUCGCCACAAUUUAUCACUCCACAACAAGUUCUUGAGGGUACACAAUGAAUCAACAGGAAAGAGCUCCUGGUGGAUGCUCAACCCAGAAGGAGGGAAGACGGGGAAAGCCCCCCGCCGCCGCGCCGCCUCCAUGGACAACAGCAGCAAACUGCUGAAGAGCCGCAUGAGGGCAAAGCAGACCAAGAAGCAGGCGGGAGCCGCCGGGCUGGGGGGGGCAGGAGGGGGGCUGCAGGGCGACGGCAGCACAGGCUCCGGGGGCGCAGACAGCCCCAACUCAUCCCAGCAGUUUCCCAAAUGGGGGGUGAACAGCGGCAGCCCCUCGUCCCGCGGCAGCCUGGACGACUCUGACAUGUGGACCACCUUCCGCCCGCGCACCAGCUCCAACGCCAGCACCCUGAGUGGGCGUCUGUCCCCCAUUGCUCCGGGACACGAGGACGACGACAACCUGCCGGAGGACAGCCUGCUGGGCCGAUACAGCUCCAGCAGCCUGACCCCCACCCUCACUGAGACCCUCAUGGAAGAGCUGGAUCUGAUCGACGGCCUCACAUUGAUGACCGGGCAGCAGGGAGGGGCCAGUCCCAGCACAGCCCCCCCGGCCCCUCCCACCCCACUGCCCUCCGCCUCCACCCUGCUGCCCCGCGGCUCCAGCUUCUCCUCCUUCAACCAGUUGCAGCAGUCCAGCCUCCCGCCGCCCCCCCCCCCUCACAGUGGGACCCAGGCCUCUCAGUGUGGCAGCAAAGAGCCGUCAUCCUUCAGCAACUCCCUCUUCAACCCCAUGUCCAGCUCCGGCUCUCGUGGGGGCGGCCAUUACACCAGCCAUGUGCCUUCCAGCCUGGAGGCGCUGCUCACCUCCGACUCCCCCCCCCCCAGUGACGUGAUGAUGACCCAGGUGGACCCCCUGAUGCAGAGUCCUGGAGGCAUGAUGGGCCUGGGCUCAUCCGUGGUGGGCGUGAGGUCCAAACCCAACCAGCUGCUGUUGGGGAAAGGGCUGGAGCCCAACACGGUGGCCCCCAUGGCGCUUCAGCAGAUGCAGCAGCGCCACCUCCACCUCCAGCAGCAGCAGCAACAACAACAACAACAACAACACCACUCACAGAUGGGGUUGGGGAUGAUCCUCUCAGGUAUGUCUCAGGACCCGUCACAGCUCUCCGCCCUCAAAGCCCAGCACACAGCCCUGCCAGCGGGGGGCUCUCACCCCGGGGCGGCCCACCCUGGCUCCAGCCUGCUGGGGAUGGCUCAGUUGGGUCAGUUUGGAGCUCCGUCCUGCUUCCAGCCCGGGCAGGACCGGCUGCCCACAGACUUGGACAUUGACAUGUUCACCGAGAACCUGGAUUGUGACGUGGACUACAUCAUCAACAGUGACCUCAUGGACGGGGACGUCCUUGACUUCAACUUUGACCCCAUCCUGCCUGGAGGCCAGGGCUACGCCGGCCCCGCCUCCACACAGGGCUCCGCUCACAGCUGGGUGCCGAGCUAAGUCCUCCGCUGUCCAGUCAGCCAGGAACUAAUCUCCAAUCAAUGAAACCUCAAAAUCGUUCAAAACAACCGGUGCAUUCCUCCUCCCUGCUGGCUGGAUUUUAAAACUAGAUGCUUCACUCGGACGUAAAAGACAGAGCCUCUCCCAUGUCAUGUGCCAAGACAUGCGGAGGACAGGGAGGAGCGUCAUGCUACUAUGCACAAUAUUUCUCCCUUUUUUCAAAAAACAAACACUUGCAACGAUUUGGCUGCUAGCCGAUUAACUUUUUUUCUUCUAACCAGAACUGAUGUUUUUUAAAAGACGUGUGACUUGGUGUUUUAAAGAGUGAAAAGACAAAUCAUAAUCUCCCCUCUGCUGGGGGUUUAUACUUCAGUUUUUGUCACACCAGAAUAGCUUUUGGGUGGAUACGGUACGGGACUACUUUGGUAUUGAAGACUCAAUAGACUGUUUUUUUUGGAGAAAUGGCCAGUUGUCCAUACUACACGAGCACGAACUGCCAGACCAAAUGCUGUCGGAGGAAAAAGCCUCCUCACAGGAUUGUGUUGCGAACAGACGGAAGAUAAAAGACUGGGCGACUGGAGGUAUAACAUGUUUUAUUUGACAUCUCGCCCAAUUGUAUACUACAAUUAUGUGUACGGUUUAAAUUUCUCACUAUAGAGAAAGAAGAUGCAUUUUUUUUUUCUCCAAUGGAAUUUGGUGAUGAACAGUUAAGAGGGUCUGUAUUUUCAGUUUGGCUAUUUUGACUUCAAUCCGGUGUGUUGCGGUAGAUGUCAGUUAGAGGGUGUGUUUUGUUUUUUUAUCCCUGAUGUGCAGUUAAACUAACAAAAUGAAGAAAUGUGAUUUUUGAAUUUAUACACGGGGCAUUCAAGGGUACAUUUAUUUGCCAACAAGUGAUUGGUUGGCCAAGUAUUAUAUUGUUUCAGACAGCAGUAUGCCACCGCUGUCAGACAUCUACUUGACUAUUAUCUCCUCUUUUUGUUUUCAUCGAACCUGUGCAUUUUCAUAGCACUUAGGUUUCCUGCGAACCAGGAACCCCAAACUAGUAGACACAUUAGGUUAUAACAUUUCAUCAAAUGAGUUUAAAUCCUGUAAAAAAUAAAUAAAAGUAUAUGUUGCACAUGUACACGAUGAGACGCUAUGCAGAUUUCUGGAGAGAACUAAAUGAAAUCUUGAAGGAAAUUUAAAAAAAAUCACUUCUUGAAGGUUUUUUUGUUUAACAUUUUCCUGAAAUGUUGAGACUUUAAUUUUUCAAGAAAUGAAUUCUCUGUGUGAGAAGUACACAAAAAGAAUAUAUUUGAUUAUAGUUUUAAUAUACAAUUUAGACGAGGUAAUAAAUGAGAUAUUAAUACAUAUGAAUAUAUUACUAAUGACAAGUGAUGUUUUUUUACAUUGGAGGAAGCAUUCUCAGAUAAUUUGUAACGGUAAUUUUCUAUACUUUUAUUUUUGUAAAGAAUGAGAUGCAUGUAGAUUUUUUUACAUAACCAAAGGAACACUAAUAUUUGCAUGGCAUGUAGGGCCAGCUUGGGCCUGACGCAGUAUCUUGUGUACAUAAGCUUUGCAGAAGAUGCCUGUAACAUAAGAAUCUGACUUGUAGAGUGAGGCAACGUGCAUCGAUACUUGACCAUUUAAAUUCCCAAUGAUCUGCCUCUUUGUUUUCUGCAUUAAUCGUGAAUCCAAAAGAGAAACAGUCCCACUUUCAACAUGUCACCGGAUUCUCAUCUCAAAACGAGACUGAUACAACCGUUACCUCUCAGGGUCGCUCACAAGAAACACAGGAAAACAACUUUAUGAUCACUGAAUAUAUAGAUUAUUUUUUCUUUAUGAUCACGUGACCAUAAAGCAAAAAUAAUCUAUAUAUUUUACCCAUUUGUCUCUGGACUGGAAACCUUCACGUCUUUGUUUUCCUGGAGGAUCUUCUGUCUUAAAAAGAGUUGACUUUAAAUUUGACUUCCCUUUUUUUAUAUCAGUGGUAGCCGAUCCCUUGGGUUUCCUUUUUUUUUUACUGCCAAUAUUUAAAACACUAUAGCAUGACUUUACUCAGUAGCAAGAUGGACUUUAUUUGUCCUCUUCCCCCCGUACAUUUUGUGCUUGUAUUUAAAUACUUUUGUUCAUAAUUGUAAUCAGAAAUAACAUCCCUGCAGUUUGAACUCUCAUCAUUUCACUGCAGGUAUGUUAGCCUCUGAUUUGUACAAAGCACUCUUUUUUUUUGUUCCAGUUUUUUUUCAAACAUUAUGAACGGUGCUAGAUGUAAUUUGUGACGUAUCCUGCAGUACGUCAUGAUGCAAUGGGUGCAUAUCAGGGCCUUUUGAAUUCUCUGUACACAGCUCAAGGAUCUGGAUGAGGUGUUAGGUUAGAAGUUAGCACACGAUCAAAAGUCCUUCCCCUUCCUCGUUGUUUAUGUUUUUAUAUAUAAAUAUGAUAACCCCUUUCUCCAAACUGGUCAUUCAUUAGAUCUGGAAACAGGAGACCAGCUUGUUCAAAGUGCAUGAUUUUCUUCUAAAUCAUAACAUGUAAUCAUUUUUAGAAAGUUGUCUAUGCAACAAUUUUGCCCCCUAUUUUGAAUUAAUGUCCAUGUGUUGGAAAUGUUAUUAACAUUUAAAGGACAGACUGCAGCAUGUAAAGGAGCGGUGGUUGGUUUGAUGUCUCUAGUUUACGGUUGCCUCGUUUAAUUUUUUUUUAAAAAGGGCAGGUGUGGUGUUAUUACUCCCCUUGUAUCUCCCCCUCUAUGUAAUAAUUAUCUACAUAUUUUGUUCUUCAGUUUUUUAAGUAGCAGUUAGUCCCUUAAUGUUUGUUUUGAACUGUUAAAAUUGCCCCUAUUUUACUCAGUAUUUUAGUAUGCGGCAAGGGUUUUUCUUUCAUAAGGGGAGGGUGGGGUGGACAUGGAAUGAUGAGUUGUGCAUAAGCCAAUUAUGUUUAUGAUUUUUGAUUAAUGUUGAUAGUGUUAACCCCCCCUACCUCUUUAUCUUUCUUUACACAUUGUAAAGUCAGCCAGAGAUGACAGUCAGUUCUGAAAAGCAGAAAUAAAUUCAAUAAACUGUUUAACCCAC